UUCUGCAUUGUGGAGACGAAACUCGCGGAGCUGCUGGUGGAGUUGCCGGGGAGCGUCUGUUUUAGGCACAGAAAAUUAUAUCUAGACACAUUAAAACCCGACUGCAUACAAAUAUAAAUAUCUCUUUCAAUACACUGAAAGUAAAGAUGCCAUCAGUGACCACUGGCGACAAUGCUGUUCACUCCUCCAGUCCAGAUUUGGGCUCUGCGCCAUCUGAAGCCCUCAAGCAAGUUCUUGGUGUAAUUGACAAGAAGGUUCGCAACAUGGAAAAAAAAAAGAGCAAGCUGGAUGAUUACCAGACAAGGAAGAAUAAAGGAGAACAGCUCAACCAGGAUCAGCUGGAGGCUUUGUCUAAAGCGCAGGAGGUGGCUCACAACUUGGAGUUUGCUCGUGAGCUGCAGAAGAGCUUCAUGGCUUUAAAUGCGGAGAUCCAGAAAACUGUGAAAAAGGCGGCACGGCGGGAGCAGUUGAAGAGGGAGGAGGCAGAGCGCAAGCGACUGAAGGCGGUGCUGGAGGUGCAGUACCUUCUGGACCAGCUCGGGGAGGAAAGUGUGAGGCGCGACCUGACUCAGUCCAGUGGGGAAGCCCCCCUGCUUACAGAGUCAGAACUCACUGCCUUGGACGAGUUCUACAAACUGAUUGGCCCUGAGCGGGACUCUAGUGUAAGGUUGGCUGAGCAGUUUGAGGAAGCAUCCAUGCAUUUGUGGGAGUUGUUGGAAGGAAGGGAUAAAGCUGUGGCUGGAACCACAUACAAAGCCCUUAAGGAAACCUUGGACAAGAUGCUGCUAAGUGGGUACUUUGAUCGUGCUCAAACACAUCAGAAUGGAGUGUGUGAAGAGGAGACGCAGACUGCUGCUGCAGAGUCAUCGGAGAGCGAGGACCACCCUACUGAGCCCGAGGGGUCCACUCAAGAAUACACGGAAACUAAUGAGGUUGAAGCAACGGAGUUUGUAAACAGACAGUUCAUUCCAGAAUCCACCUACUGCAACAGUGACAAAGAACAAGGAGGAGAGUGGAACACAAGCUCUCAGACGGUGAGCUCUCUCCAGGAGCAGCAGCCUCCUGCAGCCAUGAGCCCGGUUCUCGUCAGCUCAGAACCACACACGCUGAACACAGUCCUGCCUCCCCCUGCAACAGACCCUGUGGUCAGGAAGCAGGCAGUCCAAGAUCUCAUGGCUCAAAUGCAGGGUACCUUCAACUUCAUGCAGGAUUCCAUGCUGGAUUUUGAGGGACCACCUUUAGAUCCUGCCAUUGUGUCAGCACAACCUAUGAAACCUUUGCAGAUGGUCUGUCCACCAGCUCACACGGAAUCCAGACUCCCCCAACACAACACACUUCCUGUGCAGCCAGAACCCGUGCAAGUCCCUAUGGUCCCCCCUCCAAAAGAGACGUAUUCCUCCACACCCCCUUUGUACCAGCCCCCUCAUGCCUCUGAGCCCCGACCGCAGACAGACACCAUUGACCCUCUCCAGGUCUCCAUGUCCCUGUCGUCCGAGCAGCCCCCCACCCCUUCCACUCAGUCCCAGGUGUUUCAGCCUGUCUCCAAACCCCUUCACAGCGGCAUCAACGUUAACGCAGCUCCAUUCCAGUCCAUGCAAGCGGUGUUCAAUAUGAAUGCUCCAGUUCCUCCAACCAAUGAGAUAGACUCUCAAAAGAUUUCCAGUCAGUACCAGAGUAGUUAUGGCCAGGGUUUCAGCACACAGGCCACCCUUCCAGCUGAGCAGCAGGAAAUUCCUCAGGAAUCCAUGCAGUCAGUGGUUGGCCCUUUCCAUUCUCAAGACCAAGGUAUUCCAUCUGCAGGGGGGCACCAGUCUGCACCUCAGCAGCCUUCAGGGCAGGGCACUGGUUUCGGGCGGCCAGGUCAGUCCUUUUAUAGCAACCGAGCAAUGCCACGUGCUGGACCCAGAAAUCCCAGAGGGGCCAUGAACGGCUACCGUGGACCAUCCAAUGGAUUCAGAGGUGGAUAUGAUGGGUAUCGUGCUCCAUUCCCCAACACUCCCAACACCGGAUAUGGGCAGACGCAGUUCAGCACUCCACGAGAUUACUCCAACAGCACCUACCAACGGGAUGGAUAUCAGCAAAGCUUCAAGCGAGGAGCCACCCAGGGAUCUCGAGGUUGCUCUCGAGGACGAGGGGGACUAUAUCGGUCCAGCAGAGGAAUGGGUCCCAUGGCCGCACAACAGACAAGCUAAACCCAAUAUUUUAGCCGUUAUCAGCCCUCUAAUCUCUUCCACCCAUUGGAUUCCCAAACACGACCCAUGCCACUCCACAUCGUGUAGUUAGAUGACAUCUUAGUAAGCCAGGACACAAUCAAUGGUUUUGGGAAAACAGUAUCAAUGAGAUUAUAGCACUCCAAGCGCUUUCUCUCAAUCGUAUGCUUUUGCGUAGCCUUUAAACAUUUGAGAACAUGUGCCUUUGAUUAUGGGUGUUUUGUUUUUGAUUAGACAAGGUGGAAAAUUUCUUGGUACACGUAGCUGGAAACCACCACUAGAUUCUGAAUGUGAAGUACACCGUAUACCAAAGGCACUUUGAUUUUGGCCAAACAUUUAGUGAAUGUGAAGAAUUUGUAUGUACUGUAUUGUAAUGUGAUUUUCUUCUUUUUUGGCUCAGCCAAAUGGUUUACAGGAAAUGCAUUGUACUGUAUGUGGCUGAAUGACUGCUUUAGUGUAUUCAAAUUACUGUUGGUUAGGAUUAAUGCAAACAAAUAAAUGAUUUUUGAAGGACAAGGCACUAAGUUUUUCCCUACACUUACUGUAAGAUACAAGCAGAAAUUGUUCUUUCUACCACAGUGUACUAAAUGUAUUAAAUGCAGCACACAUCUUUUAGGUUUAGUACUUGAUACAAUGAAACAAAACUAUUUGAUACAAAAAACUGAUGCUUUCGACAUGACUGAAUCUGCUGUACUGUACCAAAGCAUUUUCAACAGAUUAAACCUGUUGGUCUAUGUGGUACCUAGAAUGUGUGGUGAAAACUCCAUUAGUUGAUUGGCUGAAGUAACUGGAUAGUAAAUUUAAUGCUGUGUUACCUUGUUCAUAAAGCUUAAACUUUUUUUGUUUUCAAAUAGAUGUUUUUAUUGACACAUCUGACUUAAAUUUAACUCUCAAAAUUCCCAAUGCAAGCAACAGUUAAAAGUUCAGGAUGGCCCUAAUCAAUAAAAAAAAACAUAAAA